GCCAGCCACCCUUUUCCCAACUCCGAUCUUUGAGGCAUCCGGCCAGCCACGCGCUUUCUGGACCCACCCAGGUGGCCAGUUGCCAAGGGCAGGGCGAGCCUGGUGUGAUGUGGAUGAGCUAAAUUGGUUUUUUAAAAAAAGGAAAAGAAAAAGGGGGGCAAAGACAGAAGAGGAAACUUCAGGAGCAAGAAGAGCAGAAGAGGGAGACCGUCUCAAUCCCAGACCCUCCAUCAGCACCUCCAGUGUCCAGCUACCAGGAUGAGCUUCCUUCUCUUCGCAGUCACUGCCCUCCACAUCCUCAUUCUCAUCUUACUCUUUGUAGCCACGUUGGAUAAGUCUUGGUGGGUUCUGCAGGACAAGGAAACAGUGAACAUCUGGUAUGACUGCAUACUUCCUAACAACACCCUGCCCUGGGUCUGCCAGGCAGUUUCUGAAAGUGCAUGGCUCAAGGCAGUCCAGGCCUUCAUGGUUUUAAGUCUUCUCUUUUCUAGCUUAGCCUUCAUUAUCUUCAUGUGCCAACUCUAUACCAUGAAGCGGGGAAGCCUGUUUUACGCCACUGGAAUCUUCCAGAUACUUGCUGCUGUCUCCGUGUUCACAGCUGCUGUGAUCUACACCACCCAUGUGGAAACAUUCCAGCGCAGCCGACCGAGAGGGGGGUCCUUCGGCUACUGUUUUGUGCUGGCGUGGCUGUCCUUUCCCUUGGCUCUUAUCAGUGGAAUCAUUUACAUCCACCUUCGAAAAAAGGAGUGACCAUCAACUGGAAGAUCUCUCCAUUUGUGCUGGAAGGAGCCCUGUUCUCCUCUGAAUUUAGCUGUGUAUUAACUCUAUGCUGUUUUUGAAGGCAAUCAUGAUACAAAAUCCUCUGCGAUACAUGGCUUGAUCCACUGGGAUUACCACAUUGUGAGUGUAUCACCUCUUGUUUGCAUGUUAUUGUGAACUUCACAUGAUACAGCAAAUUAAAGGGGUGUUAUCUUGCACUGGGCAUUUCCUAGGUCUCUUCUAUUUUUCAGAGUUGGCAAAAUGGAAAUGCAAUUUAAAACUCAAACUUGCAAACAUUUCCAGCAUUCUUUUCUUUUCAAUCCCCAUUUGAAAAAUGGAGGGUUGAAUAAGAAUAUCUAUUUCUUAACUUUUUUUUUAAUUACUCUGUUAAUUCCAUUCUUUCCACAUUUGCAGAUUGGAAGCUAAAAUAUCAAAUAAAGGUGGGGGAUCCUAAUACAUUCCAACUGAAAGUUCUGAGACCAUUUAACAUUUUAAGAACAAAAUUAGUAGAAAGUGGAACAUUGCUCAUACAAAAUCCUGUCUAUUCAGAAAUGUUUUUCAGGAACUACAUAUCUGCAACUAUAUCUUGUUUCCUAACUGCUGGGACAUUAUGCCUUAAGAUCAGUCAGAGAGUGUGAAGAUAGCACAAUUCAAAUGUGGUCAUUAACAUCACCCUCAAAACCUGAAUUUUGACCCUGUAAUAUAAGGGCGUUUUCACAUGUUAUAGUACAUGCAUUUAAAUAUAUAUAAAUAUAUAUAUAUUAGAUGUUCAGCCUAAAAAUGUGGUGCGAUUUGGACAAAACCAUUUGGUAAUAGAUGCAAAUACCUGUCCAUUGAUCAGGGAACCACAAACAGCUAUAACUUCCUGUUAGGUGAACCUUCCGUAGCAAACCCAGGUUUGCGUCUGCAUAAUGUGUUAAAAUGACCUGAGAUUUUUUUUUAAAUCAAGGAACUCUGACAUCAUCCACUUCCAUGCCUCCAGCCAGUAACCAAUUUAAAGGAGUACCCCACUCCCACAUUAUAGACACUUUGUACUCCCCCCCCCCAAUGGCACAGGGUGGGAGGUUUAAACUAAUCAUAUUCACCCUCCUUCCAAAGCUGGGGGGGAUUAAUCCUGCUUUCCUGCCCCUUAGCAAUUUGGCACACAAAUGCAAUUGACAUGGAAAAGAUUUUGCUCCUCCAAUAGCCUUUCCGGGCAGCUUGCUUGCAAGUAAUCAAAAGCGGGUUCCUUCCUUGACAUUUCUGUAAUAGUAUUAUAUGUGCUGGCUUCCCCAAAGUCCCCUUUCACCUUCUUGACAUGGCCUUUUUAUAUUUUUAUAUGUAUUUUAAGAUUAAAAAAACACAACCUAAUAAACAUCAUUCAACAGA